AUGGCCAGCAUUGAGGCGAGCUUGCUGGCGAGCAAUGGAAACUCCUGUGUAGACCUGUCGCACGUGCUGCAGAAGCCGAAAGGUUCCGUGUCCAUUGUUGCUUCGGUGCCCUCGGAUUAUCCACGCACCAGGCCCGAGUUGAAAGCUCGAGAUCCGGACCAUCACAUCGACCCCGAACUCAUGGAGGAGUUAAGGCAAUGUGGAGCUGCGGCCCUGCAGAGCGCUUUCGCGGCCAGCGGCCCGGCGGUCUUCUUCGCCGUGGACCAGGUUGCGGCACAUCUCAAGAAACGACUCAUGAAAGGAGGAGAGGCCCCCUCGUUACGGCCACAAGAGGGUACCCAGGGGGCCAAUGAAAGUGGAGAUCCAUGCCAGAGGAGCCUGGGAAGUUCCCAAGUUACGGAUCGUGGGGUGAUCCAAGACGCUAAGGUGACAGGGCCUGGGAAGGAGCCCAUAGGUGAUAGGAUCCUUGCCUGUUACGACGGAGAGGAUUUAUGGCAUUGCCGCUACCUUCUUUCCAGAGUGGACCGGGACUCAUGGAUUGUGGUGACUCCAGACGCCGAUCUCUUUGCAGAAGAAAUUUCUCAUGGGAAUCUCGAAUGGUCUGCUUGGCGAGUUUGGCCUGUUGGAUCACCUGUUCCUUUUGGAGUGGACGGGAAUUUGAUCUAUGGCUUCAACCCAGAACCCAGUGCAGCCGAUUUGCAAAGCUUGAUUCAGGAAGGUGCUCAGCAUGCAGCCCAGGAGAGAGUGAGAUUGGGAAUUGCAGCCCCAGCAGCAGCAGUUGUGCCAGCGGCUGGAGUCCCAGCAGGAGGUGGUCCUGGUGGUGGUGGCAUUGCACCAGCGCCUGUGCCUGCGCUUGCUGGGCCUGGCAGUGUUGGUGGAGCUGUUGCCGCAUUGCCAAAUUUGGCUGGUGCUGGUGGUGGUCAUGCAGGGCUAGUCCACGGUUUAGCUGCAGGGGGUCCAGGCGCAAAUCAGUCCGAGGACGAUGCUCGAACCCUGGCAAUUUCGCGGGAUGUGGAUGGGCUGCGCUUCAAAGAGUUCCGCUCCGCAGUACAGGAAGCAAAGCCUGCAGAGUUCGCAGACUGGCCAAUUGCAGGUCCCAGAACGGUGAAGUAUGUGAUCUCCCAGAUGCUGGAGCAUGGUGGCAGUGCCAUAGCACACCAUCAAGCAUGGCAGGUCGCCUGCAAACUCCAACCAACAGAUGGCCCUGCGAUGGAGCACGAGGCAUGGUCAAAGGUGCUUCAAACUAUGAUGACCUACGAUCAGCUGGAUGUGUCAAAUUUAACCAGUGCCGAGUUGGUUGUACGAGCGUUGCAGCGCAUAGAGGAGAAGCACAAGUUCAAAUUGGUUUCUGCCGAGGACGCUGGAGAAGGAGCACUCUUCAUGGGAGCGAGCUCUGGCGCCAGGGUGGGAUCCAUUAUCUCACCGAAGUUGACCGAGUGGAUUGGCAGCGAGAUGCAGAAGGAGGCCAUGGUGUCAAAAGAAAGACGAAAAGCUCGAGAAGAGCGGGCAUUGUCCCGGAAAGGGGACAAAGAUGCAGGAGUUGACAGGAGUGAUGUAGUGUCGUACGUCAGGGAGAAUGUCUCCUGGCCCCAGGUCCAAUCUACGCCAAUUCCAUUGAGCGAAUGCUUGGAUCCGGCCGACAGUGAAAGACUUGCGACUUGGCGGCAGCAUAUGCUGAAGAAUGACAUGAACAUUGGUGACGGGCCAUCGAUCAAGCAUGCAUACAUUGACCCGAUCUUGAAGCACAGCCCUCAAGAGUAUGUCAAGUUUCUGGAAGAGCUUAAGUGUCGUCAUAUGGUUUCUUUUCAGCCUUAUGUGGGCCAUGGAGGAGACCUCGGCAUAUUCUGUGUUCGAAAGAAAAAUGGCAUGCAAAGGCUCAUCUUUGACACGAGGAUUCUCAACCAGAGGUUUGUUGAUCCCCCAUCCACUGAUCUGCCUUCGGCUGAUGCAUUCACUCGUCUUGAACUACCUCAAGACUCUUCAUUCUUUGUGGGCUCUGGGGAUUUAGCUAACGCUUUCUACACCCUUGGGGUCCCUGAUGAACUGGCCCGAAUGUUUACCCUGCCCGCCGUCAAGGCGGAGAAGCUGGGAAUCACCACCAUUGACGGCUGCGCUGUGAGGCCUGGAGACCUUGUCACCCCUUACCUCACUGUGCUGCCAAUGGGUUGGGCUUGGGCUCUACACCUUUGUCAAUGCGUAUUGAUGAAAGCAAUUCAUGAUGCUGGUUUUUUAGAGGGUCAAAUUAUUAGCGACAAGGGUCAGCCGGUUUGCAUUGAUUCUCACAAUGGUAUUGGUUGCGCGGGGUAUGUUGACAAUUUCCUGGUGAUUGGAUGCAAUCAAAGCUGCGUCAACGCAGGUCUGCAGCGCAUUGCAGGCAAACUGAGAGGGCGCGGCUUGACAGUCCAUGAAGAGGAGUUUGCAACCCCUUACACUGACUUUGUUGGACUUAGGUGCUUGCUUCAGUUGGUCCUGGGUCAUAUCACCUGGGCUGUCAUGGCUCGGCGUGAAGGGUUAUCCAUUUUGAGAUCUUGUUAUGCCUUUGCCAAUGAGAAUUUGCACACCCCGAAGAAGCUUUGGCCCUCAGUCAAGUGGGAGCUGCAGACUAUUGCAGCCAUUCUGCCUCUUUUUCGAGCUCAUGUCAAUGUCGGUUGGUCUGAAGAUGUUGCUGCUUCUGAUUCAUCUCCUUUUGGUUAUGGGAUUUGUUGCAGAAAACUUGAUCCAAAGACUGCUGGUUCCAUAGGAGCUCAAUCUGAGAGGUGGAGGUACAGGUUCGAAGAUGCAGCAGACGCGCGUAAGCACGCAGCCAAAACUGCUGGCGUUGAAGAGUUGAGCAAGGAUGUCCGUUCUAUCAUAGCCUCUCAAGAACAGUCUCAAACUACUGAACAAUUUAUCGAGGGUUUCAGUGAAGUUCCAAUUCAAGUCCUUCAUCCAGAUGAUUGGCAGAUUGCUUGGUCUAUGCCUUGGAGAUUUCAAGACAAUAUACUUCACACCGAAGCUCUAGCUCUUUGUUGGUCUGUUGAGCAUGCUUUGAGAGCGAAUAGAAACUUUGGUCGACGCAUCCUUUUCCUAAGUGACAAUCUUCCCCUCACCCUUGGUGUUUGCAAGGGACGGGCAAAAUCCAGCUUUCUCACCAAGCCUUUGAGAAAAAUAUGCGCUUUGUCUCUUGCCACUGGUUCAAAGUUUCAUGUGCGUUGGGUUCCGUCCGAAUGGAACGUUGCGGACAAGCCUUCGCGAGCCAUUAGUCAGUGGGGCGGUCGCGGUCUAGAAGGCUGGAUUACUGACAGGUCAGACCGAGGACCGCGGCGACAGCGGACUGAAGGAUAUGGUGGAGAGAAGAUUGAAAAGACAGAAAAAGGCUGGCAUCUAGCAGCCCCACCUCAGCAAAGGAUGCCCAUCCCCAUCGAGGUGCUGAUGGCCGUGAUUGGUCGGCUCCUGAACCUCAAUGCGGUGGAGUUCGCGUUGAGGUUGUUCCUGCAGUUUUCAACAUACAUGAGACCAGGGGAGUGCAGCCAGUUGUUAGUGAAGCAGUUGGUUCCACCACAAGCAGCCUCAACCCAGGCAUUCAAGUUUUGGGCAAUUCUGUUGCAUCCAGCCGACGAACUGAUUCCUGGGAAGACGGGCGUCUUCGACGCCUCAAUCAUUCUGGACUCAGAUUUUUGGAUGUUUCCCCACCUUUCAAAACUUCAGCUGGGAAAGAGGCCAAACGACAACCUCUGGUCGAAGUCACAUUCAGAACUUCGGGAGCAUUUCAACCAAGCGGUAGAAUAUCUCAGUCUGCAAAAACUGGGUCUCACCCUCUACGCACUGAGGCAUGGCGGGGCAACCCACGACGUGUUGUCACGGCGCCGAUCGAUGUUGGAGGUGAAGCAGCGAGGGAGGUGGAGUUCGGAUGUGUCCCUGAAACGGUAUGUCAAAGAAGCCAGGCUCCAAACCGAGUUGGCAAAGGUUCCCCAAAGUGUAAAGACCUACGGUCAAGUGAUCCUGGAAGGGUUACCAGCUUUUCUCAUGAAACCCAGCUUGGCGCCGAAGGUAUUUGUAGGGCACCGAAUGAGCCGCUUGCCCGAGGCAGAAAAGCCGAAUCGCCGCAGGCGUCGUCGUAAAACCAGCGGUGCCAUGGUGCUGCCCUUUGCUGAAAAGGAAGACUUGACUCAACGGCCAGUCACCUCCCUGCCGAGCUCCACCGGCGAGCCGAGUUUGCCAGGCAAAGCCAAGGCGACAGCAGGCAGUUGGAGCACAGGAAUCAGCACACCUUCCUCCAUUUCGGAAGACCAGUCCAGCUCCAGUUCGUCCGCGGAGAGUUCCUCAGAGUCUUCGUCCAGUGGUGUCUCCGACGACGAGAUGCAAAAGAUCGCCGCCCAGCUUCACUUCAACGUACGUCGACAGAUGCUGUUCAAAGCUCCCAGUCGGGCUAAGGCGGAGCGGCUUGGCGGGUUGCGCGCAAAAAGAGAGUAG